AUGCCUUCCCCUCUGUUUAUGGUUGCGAUAAAUUUCAAGAAGAUCGAUCCCCAAAAAUCUAAGAUCAAUUAUCAGCCACAAGGAGAUGUCAUCAGAUGCUUUUCAGAUCUCACGGACUCUAGUAUUAAUCCGUGUUGUUACAGUAUCAUGGCGAAAGCUGAAGGUGAUGGUAAGGAACCAAUGAACGAGCAAGCAGUCGCCAACAUCUAUGGUGCCAUGAGGGCCGAGAUCAACCAAAUUUACUCCAAAAUUACUGAACUCGAGAUGGAGGUCAGCGAGCAUUCACUUGUGAUCAACGCAAUUAAACCUCUUGAUCCGUCGAGGCGUUGCUACCGGAUGAUUGGAGGUGUCCUUGUGGAAAGAACCAUUAAAGAAGUCUUGCCGGCUGUCCAGCGCAACAAGGAGGGGAUUGAAGAGGUAAUUAAUCGACUUAACGAAGCCUUGGAGAAAAAGAAAAAGGAGGUCACUGAAUUUGAGGCCAAAUACAAAAUCAGAAUUAAAAAAACUGAUGGUGAAAUGAAAGAUGAGAGUGGUAAGAAGGAAGGGAAUGCACAGGGAGUCCUUGUUGGUCCUGCAACUGUUAAUGAGUAG